CCACCGUGGCGGCUGAUGGACGGGCACGGGUCGUCCGGCUCUAUAAACGGCGGCCCCGCAGCCAUCCCCCAUCAGCCUCCUGAACUCCGACACCGUGGUGACCCAGGCAGCGCAGCGACAGGAGGAGGCGGCGGAGGAGGGGGAAGAUGAAUCUGGGCGUCAUCUGGGCAGCUCUCCUGCUGUGCUUGGGGCUCCUAACCCAGGUGCACUGUUCGCCACUGCCCGAGACACAUUCUCCGCACCUGCGGAUGAAGAGGAUGACCCCGUUUUGGCGAGGGGUCUCCCUCCGGCCCAUUGGGGCCUCCUGCCGAGACAACUCGGAAUGCAUCACGCUGCUCUGCAGAAAGAGUCGUUGCUCUCUGAAUAUUUCCCCAGAGUAACAUGCCAUCCAGGGGAAGAAUCAAGGCAGCAGCUGCUGCCAGCAAUACUCCGUUCUAUGGAAUAUUGAUUACUUCCUGCACUUGAACUGAGGACACUUGAGGAAAGCAAUUGCAUAUUUAAUAUUUAAAGACAGAUAUAGGCUUGGCUGGAGACCAUCCAACUCUUCCUGAAGCAUGGAGAAGUACAAUGAAAACCUUGAAUUUGAUUUCUUAGAUUCUGUAUUUUUGUAUCUACCAACUAUUAAAUUUCCAAAAUUAAAACAAUGGUUUGCUAAUUUACCCCAAAAGGGAA